AUGGAGGUCUCGAACGUUCUUUCCGAAAUCGAUGUUGCUUGUAAGAAACAAGACGGAAAAGGGUGUCGAGAUUUGGUCGUAAAGAUCAAGUCGUUGGCGAAAGAGAGUGAACGUAACAAGCGUGGCAUUGUUUCCAAUGGGGCAUGCGGUGUUUUAUCAGAAGCUUUCCAGGCGUUUUCCAUGGCGUCUUCUUUUGAUGAAAACGAUGAUAUUUUGGAAGAGAUAUUGUCGGCUUUAACCAUAAUGUUCCCUCUCGACGCACAGGCCAAGGGUUUCUCCGGAUCAGUCUCGGCCAUGCAGUGUUUAAUAUGGUUUUUAAGCAGCAGAGACUUGUCCAGAAGAAGAAACACAGUUCUGGUACUAAAGGAGAUUGUUUCUUCAUCUUCAUCAGACAAUCGAAGAAAAGUGAACGAAUUAUCACAGACAGAAGGCGCCAUUGAAGCAUUUUUCAAGCUGAUUAAAGACCCAAAUUGUCCAUCAUCUACAAAAGCUGCUUUACUCAUCAUUUACCAUAUCAUCACAUCAUCUUCAACAAAGGAGAAACAAGUGAGGAAGCUAGUAAAUUUAGGCACGAUAUCAUUGCUACUUGAGACAUCGUUAGACGCCGAACGGAGCACAUGCGAGAAGGCGUUGGGCGUUCUCGACGGAAUAUGCGACACCGAGGAAGGGAGACGAAUGGUCUGCGACAAUGCCUUGAGUAUGCCGGUUUUGGUUAAGAAAAUCCUUAGAGUUUCCGAUUUGACAACCGAGUUUUCUGUGUCUGUGUUGUGGAAACUCUGCAAGAAGGGAGAAAUGGAAGAUGAUAGAAGUGUCGUAUUUGAAGCUCUUCAAGUGGGCGCUUUUCAAAAGCUGUUGCUGCUUUUGCAGGUCGGGUGUGGUGAGAAAACUAAGGAGAAAGCUUCGGAGGUGUUGAAGACGUUGAAUCUUCAUAGAAACAAAAUGGAAUGUGUUGAUCCCAUGGAUAAUUUUAAGAAUCUCAAAAGGUCAUUUUAA